UUAGCUGUGAAUUCGUACAAGGAAAGCAUACUCCUUCGUGGCGUUUAUCGACAGGCAGACACUCGCUGUUAUUACCCGUCUUUCGAUGUGCCGUGUGAGGUUUUGGCGCAACGUUGUGCGACCUCACCACGGGUCCCCGGUCUCGAACGACGCUUCGUGGACGCAUUGCAGGGUGCGGAUGCAGGUGAUAGGAAUUCGCAGGAAGGCAGCUGGUGAAGGACGAAAACGGAACAGCACGACGGGGCCAAAGAGCAGGCGGAAGGCAACCAAUGAAGAAGUGAGGGACGUCUCCAGCCUCGUUAGGGUGGACGUGCAUGAUAUACCAUUCACGGCCGUCUCACCCUUUCCCAGUUUCGAUGCGUUUACCCACAGAAAUGAAGCAUAUGUACACAGAUGGACCAGCAAGCAACAUCUCAAAAUGGCCCGAGCCACACAGAACGGCCAUCCGGAACAGUCGGCUAUGGAAGUGGGAGAGGAGUCAAGGAUUACAGACCACAAGCUGCUGGGGUACUCUGUUCCCAAAGGGUGAUACACAGGAUGUCUCCUUGACCAUCUGGUGUGGUAACGAAGACGGAUACCACCUAAAUGAUGUCUUCGGGCUACAACAUGCAAUCUCUUCCUAGACGUCGAACCAUACGCUGGCGACUCUAAUAUAACAAGUAUAUCCAGCA